AUGCGUCACGGGUUUUUUGUUGACCCCACGUUGUUAAUAUUGUUGUUGUUUCGAUGGUCCCAAUGCCAGAUCUCGGAGUCACGUGAGGUGUCACAGCCAAAUGUAGGAGCGCUUCUGGAUCCGAAUUCAACAAACGACAAUGAGAUACUUAUAAGCUAUCUGGCGGCAGUUUCGCGGCUAGAUGAACAACCAGAAGAGUUCAUGAAAGCCAUCAGUAUAGCUCGGACACGGGCUUCGGAUGCCUCAUCGUCGUCGUCGCCUUUUCAUGAUGAACGUUUUAAACAGAUCUAUACCAUGUUCAAUUGCUUCAGUACAGAUUUCGACGGUUCAAUGAUCUCUGGUGCUUUACAUGUGGCUGUGAAUGAAAUCAACGCCAAUCCAGAUCUUUUACCUAAUCAUCGUCUUAAUUAUAUUUUCGACAACACAUGUGGGAAGGAGCGGCAGAGCACACAGUAUUUCAUGGAUCAUUGGAAGAUGGGCGCUCGUGUGUUCAUUGGUCCAGAAAUGAACUGUCGAACUGAAGCGACAAUGGCGGCAGCUCAAAAUUUACCGAUUAUCAGUUACAAAUGCAAAGACCAGACAGUGUCCGAUAAGAAGAAGUACAACACCUUCGCUCGUACAGUACCAGCCGAGACAGACAUCGUAAAGGCGUUCAUUGCGCUUUGUCGAGAGCAUAACUGGAAGAAGUUCACGAUCAUUUAUGAAGAGCAUCCCGCUCACGAAGAACUGUACCAAGCGCUCCGGCAAGCAAUCGACGUUGAAAAUGCACGCAUGGAAUUGGAUGACAUACGCUAUUCCGUGCAGAAUGUGUCGAAAGUGAUUCGCUUCAGUGAAGUGCAAUCGGAGAAACUCAUCGACAGUGUAGUGGAACAAACAAAAGACAUAACGAGAUUGUACGUCACGUUUGGUAAUGUGCGAUUGUUCCGGAAAAUUCUGAUGUCGAUGGGCAAGUUAGGUCUGACAGACUCGCAACAGUACCUGCUGAUCUACCUCGAUGCCGAUUACAAUUGGUUGAACGUCUAUCAUGCCAUGAAUAACCAUUUCUUUCGCAAUACAAUGAUUGACCUGCAGUCGUCAUGGGACGUUAGCAACUCGUCGGAUCACCGAAUUAUUGGCUAUUCACGAGCUGCGUUGGCCAUCAUUCCUACUCCGGUUGAACUCAAUUCAGAGAGAUUCAAAAAAUUCUGGGCUCAAGCCGUGAAAGAUCUGGCGAAUUUCGGUAUCACAAAGCAUGAGCACACGUGGUCCAUAAAGGUGAAUCGUUUUGCGUGCUAUCUGUACGAUGCGGUGUACCUCUACGCACGUGCGCUGCACGAAUUGAUCGAGGAGACAACAGAAAGGCAAGCACAUGGCUAUGAUCCGACGAGAGAUGGAGCAGCGAUCAUCAAGAAAGUGUUGAAUCGGAAAUAUUCGAGUAUGCAAGGCUUUGACAUGCGAAUCAAUGAACACGGAGACGCCAAAGGAAAUUACACGCUGUUGUCGUGGCAAGCAGUGGAGCCAGUUCGAACGAAAGGCGAUGGUAAUUACUACCCGCUCGACCACGCUCUUGACAUCACUGCCAUGUUCGUUGAUGGAGGAGAAGGGCAUAAUAACAUGCCAAAGCUAGUAUUCCACAAGCCAAUCAUGUGGAUAGAUGGACCAACACGUGAUCAGCCAGAUUGCGGCUUUCACGGAGAGCUUUGCAGAGAUUAUGGCGGCUACAUAUCAUUCAUUUCAUUCAUACUCUUUUUCAUCGUAUUGAUUGGUGGAGCGAUAUCGGCAGGAUUUGUAUACAGAAGUCGUAAAUUCGAGAAGGAAUUAGCGAUGAUAUGGAAGAUCGAAGUGCGUGAAGUGCAACGACUUAUGCAAGGCAACGCAUCAACAACGUCGCUUUUCCCGGAUGGAAAUGAUGUAUGUUUUCUUUUAGUGGUAGCAAUUACUUAUUUACUUGCAACAAUAAUGGGAAGUCAACUGAUUAUUCGUUUGAAGACUGAAAUCCCAAAGCUUUACCAGCACAUGAACAAUCACUGCUUCCAUUAUACUCUUACUGGUAAUUUUUCCUCUCUUCAGAUGGGUGACCAUGCGUGGUAUACUGGUCAAGACGCCGAGAAAAAAGGCUCAGGUCUCCGAGGUGUCGCAUACUACAAAGGGACUCUUGUUUGCGAAUCACCCGCCGGUUUUUCAAGCAAAAGGUUUUCAGGGAUUAUUAUGUGCCCAUAUUCGAUUUGCAUAGUCCGUGAGUUUUGCGCCAAAGGCUCAUUGAUGGAUAUAUUGCAAAAUCGAGAGUUCAAACUCGAUCACUUGUAUAUAGCGUCUUUCGUUGAAGAUCUCAUUAAUGGCAUGGUUUAUUUACAUGACUCUGAAUUGAAAGUUCAUGGUAAUCUGAAGUCCACCAAUUGUUUGAUUACAUCGAGGUGGGCGCUGCAAGUAGCCGACUUUGGUCAUCAUGAAAUACGUGAAGGGCGACAGUGGGAAAGCGAAGAGAGUCGGUGGAUGAGUUACCUUUGGUGUGCACCAGAAUUGCUGCGAGAGAGCGAGUUGAAGCACUCCGUUAAAGGAACGCAAAAAGGUGAUGUCUACGCGUUUGGAAUCAUUCUGCACGAAAUUCUGACGCGACAAGGACCAUUCCAGAUAUUCGCUAAAAGCGAAACGCAAGUGCCUGGUAAGCGGUGCAGCAAUUUUUCCUACCUUUCAUAG